CAACAUUACUGAGCAUGUGAGAUAUAAGUCGUCAGCAAGUCAGGCGAAGCAAGCUUGAGCGAAAGUCGUCGUUCCUUUUGCAGAGGACAUGCUGAUUGUCGGUGGCACGUUCGGUGUUUGCGGUCACAAGUGGUACUCGUUUCUGGACCGCAAGUUUCCUGGAAACACUCUACGAAUGGUGGGACGCAAACUGCUGUGCGAAUUCGCCAUCUGUCCUCCGCUUGCCUUCGCCCUUUUCGUCGGCGUGGGUGCUUUGAACAGCAAGCCCUUCCAGCAAAGUGUCGCCGAAUUCAAGAAAAACAUCGUUCUCUUCUGCAUAGCUGACUGGGGUUGCUUUGUUCCAGCCCAGGCCCUGAACUUCUUGUUUUUGCCUCCACGCUACCGUUUCCUUUACGUCUGUGGCCUCACAGUAGUCUACGACAUCUUCCUGUCAUUCAUCCUUCAUAGGGAUUCUCAUGAAGGUUCUUAUGGAGUCAAGAGUUGAUGGUAUACUGCCUUGGUCAACUUGGACAACAACCAUAUGGCAAUACAGCAUCGAUAUCACCCUUGCGAAUUACUACGGCGCGUAGGGUUUUUAAGCUGACAGUUUUCUUUCUGACGACUCUAGGGGCUCCACAUUUUCUAUAUUUUCUUUCUGUGUGCUUAGCAUACAAAAAUCAACAUCAUUAAUGUAGUUUUUCAGAGUUUAGUGUUGCAGACGGUUCGAAGAUGGAUACAUCAACAGUGAAUAUCCACUGCUGUGCAAGCUAAUAAUUGCACUUUUGAACACUCUUCAUUGCGAGAAUAGCAUCUGAUAUUUGUUUUAUGUUUCUUAAAAUAUUUUAAAUUAAAUUCAGAAGUUAAUAAAAAUGUACACUGAAAAAUUAA